UUACUUUACCUCAUUUUUUUAAAUUCAAUUCAUUUUCCCCCCCUCAAUCUUGCUACGCUUUUUUGUAAAUUUUAUUCUUUCUUUCACAAAAAAUUAAAAAAAUAAAAUAAAAACAUUUAUAAGGAAAUGCCAGGAACUAAAGUCUACGCCGAUAUGACGCCGCUCAUGACCCCAGGAGGAGCGGCCAAAACGAAAUCCUCCAAAUCCAUUCCCAAAGACCCCCACGGUUUUGACCCCAGCACCAGCACGCGCAACCCCACGACUCUCUCCCAAGACAAAACCUCCGACUCCACAGAGCUCGCCCUGCGCUCCAAAAAGGCCUGGGAAGUUGCCAUGGGGCCUGGAAAAUCCCUCCCCAUGCAAGCCUUUAUGGCCUGGAUGUCCGGCACCGGCGUCUCGAUCUUCAGCAUUCUCAUCACAGGAAUGAUCCUAAUGACUCCGUUAAAGUCAAUUAUGGCCGUGCAGCAGACUUUUGCUCCCCUGGAAAGGGUCCAUAAGGGCGGUGAGAGACUGGAUUUGAACUUGCAGAAGGCUGCUUUUGUUGCUAUCAACGUUGCUGGUGUUUUGUUUGGCGUUUAUAGAUUGGCUAUCAUGGGUUUGUUACCGACUGCGUCGUCGGAUUGGUUGGCUUUUAUUCCUGCAAAGACCUUUGCUGAAAUUUCUUUUUAAUAUCCUUCAAUUAACGUUUUUUGUGAUGUUGAUAAGAGUUAAAAUGACCGUAUUUAGUGCCGCUGAAAACGCAUUCACCUGUAAAUAACCAAAAGACAUUGUUUUAAAAUUGUAAACAAGUGGUUCGCUUGCUCAG